AUUUAAAAUUGCAACACAUACCUAAUCUUCUUCUGACCUCAAGACUAAAAACAGCCACUACAACCGGUACUUCCCGCCAGUAAUAUAAAUGAUGUCAGAGCUCCCACACUCGACACUAUCACCCUGUCACUAUACAAUUUAACAACUUGUCGCAGACCCUCAUUUUAUAAUUUUAUCUCAGCUGCUGAACAAUACGCCCUGCUCUAUGUAACGUGCCUCUUAAAGUUAUAAAUAUAAUCCAGGUCGGACCACGAACCCACUAAGUAGUGACCACUUACCCAACCAGGUGCCCAUUAUCGCUGUUUACCUCUACACAGAGUCUGUCCGGAAGUUAACCCCCUGUAUUGACGGUGGAUUAGUCUCCGUUUUCAUUAGCCUCUCAUGUCUCAGGCCGAACAUUCGUCCUUCUGAGGAAGUUUUUGUCGACCUCUUGUCGUACCAAAAUCUCUUUGUAGUGAUGUGGUAUAUGUUGCAAUCACCGGUUAUUAGUAGUUUUGGAGCUAUUAGUAGGUCGUAUGAUCGUUUUACGGCAGCCAUUUACGCAGUUUGAUACAGUCGAGCACUUUUAUUUGGAGUCUCGUGAUAAGGUCGCGGUUGAAUUAGCAACAUUUGUGAUUGCGUUUGUUCAGAAUCCGUUUAAACUGUUUUCUAUUCUCUUCUAUUAUUAAAGCACCGUCGCUAUUCUGAGUCUAAACAGAUACAUCAGUUACGGAGAACAAAUUAGUCUUUGUAUCAAUUCAAAACAGUGCCAUACAUAUUAGCCUAAAGGGUAAUGAGUAAAACAGUCCAAGAAAACAGGCAAAAUUCUAGAAAAUGCAUUUAAAUCUCUUUCGUUCAAAAUACGACGAAGUUUUAAUAACUUGAUUUCAAAUUUUUAUUAGAGUUAGAAACUAAAUAUUCAAUAUUACCCAUGCAAUUUUUCAGAUCGAUCAGACCAUUCAAACUUUCCCAAUACAGCGCUUAUAUUCUAAAUCAGAUAUUGGAUGCACGGACCGUACAGCACGGUAUUAGAUGGGAUACCCGCAUAGAUCAUUACCUGUCGGGUUCAUACUUAAAAUUGUUCUGCUUCAAUGACUGCCGCUUACUUGGGGAAUAGACUUUAACUACGAACAGCAGUACUGUCCGUUAAAUUUUGUGGUCUACCAAUGUUUACGGCCCUCAGAUCAACUUUAGAUCAGUCACGUUACAAACUUUUUGAAUAAAUAUUUUAACAAAGUACUCAGCAUGCCACUGCUAUUUUUGUUUUCCUAUUUACUGUGCAAAAUAAGCAGAGUUCGCCGCGAUUUACCGGAACUUAAAAGCAGAUCAGUGGUCAAAGAAAAUCAAGAUCGCUCAGAUAUCAGUAACCUUUCAAGAUUUAGUCAAUAUUGAUUUCAACGGCCACCAUCGAUUUGUUUAAACGAUUAACCGACAAGACUAAUCAUUAUUUUGACUUGAAUUCUACAUUGUUCUAGGCGGUUUUUUUAGUCAUAACAUGAUCGAUGUCAAUAUGAACUCUCAAAUCAAUUCAUUUCUACAUAUGCAUUUUAUCGAUCCUUUCAAUCUCGGUUUCUAUUCCAAUCUUUGAAUACGGCACAGUAACUGUAACUUAGCAUAUUUGCUAGAGAAAGUAUAAAGCUAAGGCUAUAAAAGAUGCAAAGGAUUGAGCUAUGAUGGACCACGACAUUUCUCUUCAUGAUACUGAUAAUAUCUCCUGCAGUGGUAACCUGCACUUGAUCCUUCAGAAUGGGUCCCAGCAAUUACUCCUCUACAAACCUCUAGGUAGUUUACCAGACAACAUUUAUCUGAUUUUAGCUCUAAAUACAUAAAUACAACCUAGGAAUCUAUUAUUUAUGAACCAUAUUAAUAAAGAUGUUAACACUUCACGACUGAUCUGAUAACCUUCCGUGAUCCGCAGAAUACACGCUGGGCACUGUACAUCUGGUGUUAGGACUGUUAUCAGUAACCUGUAACUCGAUAGUUAUUUGGAACUAUCUGAAGGAAGGCGGUUUUAAAAAUACCUGCUACUUUCUCUUCAUCAAUUUAGGCAUGUUAUAAACUUGUUUACUUAGGUACAAAUACCUGCUACUUUCUCUUCAUCAACUUAGCUAUAACGGACACAAUCACGGGCUUGAUCGGGUUCCACAAAGGAUUCCACUUCUUCUAUCUCCGAGAAUGGUUCGACAAGGGUCUGUUAGAUGAUUUCCUGUGCAGACUGUUCGCUGUACUGCUAGCGUGGAUGCCCUCAGCUACAUUAGUGAACCUAGCUUUAGCCUCUCUGAUUCGAGCAGUAGCGAUAGUUAGACCGCUACAGUACAAACGGAUCAUUAAUAUUCGAACUACGUGGCUACUGGUCAUCGGCUGUUGGAUGUUCACAUUGGUGUCAUAUUGUAUCCUGCCGAUUCUGUUUGCUGAGUUCACUUUCAACUUCUUCUGGGCAAGUUGUCAGUACACAUGGAUAGCUCUGACUCAUGAGGCGUAUGAUGUUCUGGAGACUGUUCUCAUGUACAGCCCUCUCUUAAUUCUCAUCUUCUCCAAUGUUACAACAGGCUGGCACUUGUUCUACAACGUUGCUCCUUCACAACGCAGCAACUCAAUUGUCUUGAAAAAGAUAAUAUCGAUGACAAUCUCCUACCUGUUAGUAUACUCCUUUGUCAUAACAUAUGACUUAGUAAUGGUUUUACGGACUAUCGGCUACGACAGUGCAUUUCAUGAGACAAUCGGGAAACUAGAAUGCAGUCCGAGGAUAUUUGCUUAUAUUAUAAACUGGUACGAUUUGAGCAUGCUCAUCAACAGCAACAUGAACCCACUCAUACACCUGAUUUUCGGGAGGGAGUUCAAGAGACAGAUCACUAAACGAGUCUCGACUGUCUCGAGAAAAGUCUCAAAUGCGGUUUAUUUUAACCAUAAAAGAAAAAGUUUGGCUGAACUGAAUAUUAUAGCUGAGGAGGGUGGACUAGUCCAUGAUAGGAGGAGAAUGAUCCGAAGAGCGAAUACUUUUUUAUGAUUUCGGCAUAGCAUAUUAAGUUGAAUAAAUUAAUAUCUUUAUCAACCAUGUACAUUGUACGUCAAUACCAUAGUACGUAUAAAAUCUUAAGUUGGCAUUUAGAUUAAUUUUCAAUAUUUGGCAGAAUGUGGUCAGGU